GAGUUUUGAGGAGGGAGAGAAUGAUGGAGAUCCCCACUCGCCCUUCUCUUCACGACACUCAUUAGGAUUUCACACAGCUUGCCUUUCUGUUACAAAUGUCUCACUUGCCAUUUAAGACCUAAUCUCUGCACCUGGCGACCAGAAGAACCAGGUUGGCGCUGUCUCUUUGACCCAUUCCUUGGCAGAAAGCAGGCCUGCACUAAGGACAUGGUGACGGACUUCGACGAGAAGCACGAUGAGUAUCUGGUCCUGCUUCAGCAGAGGAACCGGAUCUUGAAACACCUGAAGACCAAGGACCCCACGCAGCUGCGGCUGGAGCACCUGGAGCAGGGCUUCUCCGUCUACGUCAACGGGGCCAAUUCUGAGCUGAAGACGGCACCCCGCAAAGCUGUGCACCCCGACUUCUCCAGGAGCACCUCACACGCUGAGGGUGCGCAUGAUUACGGACGGAGAGCCCUGUUUCGAGACGCUGAAGAGGCUCUGAGACGAGACUCCCGGACGGCCCCUGGCAAAGUGCAGCGCCGGGGAUGGCACCAGAAAUCCGUGCAGAUCCGGACGGAAGCUGGCUCACGACUUCACAUCCAGCCUCCUCUGGAACCUUCUGAAGACUCUGAGCUGUUUGGGGGUGCAACAGGCAAGACCAGAGACACCCCCGGGGACUGGCCACAGGGCACCAGCUCUCCCAUCAGCACCACGCCUUGUGGUUUUCAUUUGUCUCUUCUGAAUGCACAUGGACCCCCUGACCCUCCAAACAGUCCGGACAAAGAAAGGAUCCUCCUGACUCUCCAGGAUGUGAUGGAGCUGAGGAAAAGCCUGGAGCUGAGCGUUCAGCUGCAGAGGAAGCAGGACUCCUCCAGUGAUGAAUACGACUCUAUCGAGGAAGACGUGCUCUCCGAGCCCGAGCUGGAGGACCUUCCAGGCGACGACCCCCCACUUUCUGGUGGGGACACAGCACAGAAGGACGCCCCCGACACUCAGGAGGCAGACGGCCACCCUCCCCGGCACCAGGACACCCUCGUGAUGCUGGAAUUUAACCCGACCUCCCAGGGCAUCACGAGGGAAAGGAAUUUAUCUGCCAAGCGGAAGGACAACGCAGAGGUCUUUAUUCCCAGCAAACUGGAGCCAAACCCGAGCCCCCAGCUCCCCGCCGUGUGCCCAGAUCAGGAGAGAGUGUACUCAAGACCCAGCAGCUGGAGAGAGAGGCCGUUGUCGGCCACCCGGAAGCCCGUGGUGGAGACGGAGGACCGAGAAGAGGAGGCCUCGGCGGUGCUGAGGGCCAUCCAGGUGGAGAACGAGGCACUGCAGAGAGCCGUGCUCAGCGGGAAGGUCCAGCCCCCUGCCAGCCUGCCGCUGGUGCAGUGGCCUCCCGGCACCAAGGACACCAGCCUGCAGGACCCAGCCGGGCCCGCAGGGGGCGCCAGUGCUGUCAGCGAGGCCAUCGACAGAAUCUGCCUCCUGGGAAGCAGGCAACAGCAGAAGCUGCUGAGAGUCCUCCAGGCCAUUGAGGGGGACUCAGCCUGCCUCAGCCCCGCGGACGCCUCCAUGGAGGAGCAAGUGAGAGACCCAGAGGAGGAGCCCAGGCUGGAGGCGGAGGUCCAGGACAUCGUGUACGUGACCCUGGAGAUCCUGUCCAACUGGGGCGACCCCUCACGGGUGGGCCUCUCGGAGAUCGAGUUCUUCGACCAGAGCGACACCAAGCUGCACGUGUCACCUCACGAUGUGGACAUUAGAGGCACCGACUCGCCCGGGGACCUGGGCCUCCUGGUCACCAGAAACCUCACCAAUGAAGAGGCUCCGUCCGAAUGGACCUGCCCCUUCCACCCGCCGCUCCAGCUCUUCUUUGCAAUCCGCAAUGCCCAGCAGCUGCCCUGCUUUAGCCUGACCAGGAUCCAGGUCCGGAACCAUCCAGCGACCGGCAGUGACGACCUGGACGCUGGCGCCCAGCACGUGAGGCUCUAUGUCAACAAAAGCCUGGUCUUCGACGGCAGACUGGCCCGAGGGGGUGCAGGCCAGAGCAUCCCCCUGGCCCCACCGGUUGAGCGGCCCCAGAGCAGCCAGGAGGACAUUGGGGACACCCCUGGGGCAGGGGACACCGAUGAGGACAGGGCUGACGCUCAGCCGAGGGGAGCCGCUUGGCGAGAAAACUCCCAGGACGGCAGGUGGAGGAUGGAGGAGGAGGAGGAGGAGGAGGAGUGCAGCUGGCCAGUGGGUCCGGCCUCCAGAGGCACAGCGCCUGGAGCCCCUGUCCCCUCGCCGCCUCCAGAUGCUGAGCUGUCGCUGAGUCAGCAACUGCAGGGCCUCUUGGGCAGCAAGGCCCCAGGGCCCCCUGGGAGGACAGCACCAUCCUGGCUGCAGCCUUCUCCCCAGGAGCAGGGGCCGAAACAGCCCGGUGGGAGGCCCAAGCCCCCCUGGCUGAGCCCUGAGAGGCACCCGGACUGGACGGGCAGGCGGCCCUGGGCCAGUGAUGCAGGCGAGGGCCCCAGAGGGGGCGAGGCCGGAGAGAAGGGGCCCGGCAGCCAGGACGCACCCGCUGCUAGAGAGAGAGCCCAAGACUGUGGAGACGACUUCGACAUCUUCCCCCGGCCUGCCCAAAGGGGGCGCCCUGCCAGCGGGAGAAGGGGCCCCAAGAAGGACACGACCAGCAGCUGCCAGGGAGACAGCCUGGUCCCUGUCGGCCAAGAGGCCGCGAGGUCCCUCGAGCACCUACUGCACGAGUCCUGGGACUCCCUGAGCGCCUUCGACCGCUCCCACCGCGGCCGCAUCUGUGCCCUGGAUGUCCAGGGCGACAUCCUGGAUGACUUCCUGCAGCAGCAGCCGCCUCGGGGGUCCCGGCACAGCCUCAUGGAGCCCCCGCCCGCGCAGCCCCCCGACCCUGUGCCCGGCCCCCCGGCCCCCGUGCCCGAUGAGGACGGCGAGGACGACUUCCGCAUCCCCGAGCUGCCCUAUGGCCAGCGCCUGGUGCUGGAAAUCCGCUCCACCUGGGGGGACCGGCAUUACGUGGGGCUGAACGGCAUUGAGGUGUUUAGCGCGGGGGGCGAGCCUGUGGCCAUCACCGCCGUGCGGGCCGAGCCCCCAGACAUCAACGUGCUGCCCGCCUAUGGCCGGGACCCACGUGUGGCCGCCAACCUGGUGGACGGCGUGCACCACACCCAGGACGACAUGCAUGUGUGGCUGGCACCCUUCACGCCCGGCCACGCCCACACAGUGACCCUGGACUUCGAGCGGCCCUGCCACGUGGCCCUGGUGCGUGUGUGGAACUACAACAAGUCGCGCAUCCACUCCUGCCGCGGGGCCCGCGACGUGGCCAUGACGCUCGACGGGCACUGCAUCUUCCGCGGGGAGAUAGCCAAGGCCUCGGGGACCCUGGCUGGAGCCCCAGAGCAUUUUGGCGACACCAUCCUGUUCACCACGGACGAGGACAUCCUGGAGGCCAUCUUCUGCUGUGACGAGAGCCUGGGGGUGGCGGCCAUGAGCCUGAGCGGCCCGCAGAGCGAGGGGGCGCCCGCGAGGCCCCGCACGGCCGCCGGCGACGGGGACGAGCGGCCCCUCACCCAGCCCGGGCUGGGAGCCCAGGAGUGGGGCCUGGAGCCAGAGCUGCCCCCCAGCUCUCCUGUCCUCGAGACCACCACACCCGAGCCGGGGGUCUACCACGGGAUCUGCCUCCAGCUGAACUUCACCGCCUCCUGGGGGGACGUGCACUACCUGGGGCUCACGGGCCUGGAGGUGGUGGGCAAGGACGGCCAGGCACUGUCCCUCAGCCCACACCAGCUCUCUGCCUGCCCCAGAGACCUCAAUGACCUCCCUGAGUACAGGGACGACUCUCGAACCCUGGACAAGCUGAUCGACGGCACCAAUGUCACCAUGGAGGACGCACACAUGUGGCUGGUGCCCUUCUCCCCCGGACGGGACCACCUGCUCACUGUGCGCUUCGACGGCGCCCAGAGCAUCGCCGGCCUGCGCUUCUGGAACUACAACAAGUCCCCCGAGGACACCUAUCGCGGGGCUCGGCUCGUGCACGUGUCUCUGGACGGCCUGUGCGUGUCCCCGCCGGGGGGCUUCCUCAUCCGCAAAGGGCCUGGCAACUGCCACUUCGACUUCGCCCAGGAGAUCCUUUUCGUCGACCACCUCCAGACCUGCGCACCACCCAGGCCGGCCCAGAGCCUGGACACGAGGAGCCUGGAGCGGGCGAGCAUGGACUACGAGGCGCCCCUGAUGCCCUGCGGCUUCAUCUUCCAGUUCCAGCUGCUGACCAGCUGGGGGGACCCCUACUACAUCGGGCUCACGGGCCUGGAGCUGUACGAUGAGCGGGGAGAAAGGAUCCCCCUGUCGGAGAACAACAUCGCCGCCUUCCCCGACAGUGUCAACUCCCUGGAGGGGGUGAGUGGGGACCUGAGGACUCCGGACAAGCUCAUCGACCAAGUGAAUGACACCAGUGACGGCAGGCACAUGUGGCUGGCCCCCAUCCUGCCCGGCCUGGUGAACCGGGUGUACGUGAUCUUCGACCUGCCGACCACGGUGUCCAUGAUCAAGCUGUGGAACUACGCCAAGACGCCCCAGCGCGGGGUCAAGGAGUUUGGGCUCCUGGUGGACGACCUGCUGGUGUACAACGGCGUCCUGGCCAUGGUGGGCCACCUGGUGGGUGGCAUCCUGCCCACGUGUGAGCCCACCGUGCCGCACCACACCGUCCUCUUCACCAGCGAUGGCGCCUGCCAACAGGAGCGGCACCGCGCCGCCAGCAGCCAAGUGGAGGACCAGGACGUCCAGAUGACCAACGAGAACCAGAUCGUCACCAGCUGCCGGCGCAGGCAGGGCUCCGCAGACCCGGCCUUGCGGCCCAGAACCUGCAUCAGUGAGGAGCCCGCGCGGCGCUGGCGGUGCUGAGCAAGUGGCUGCGGGGACGGCGGCGGCCUGCGGGGCUGGGACACCGGGAUGGGGGGCGGCAUGGGGUGUCCCGCUCGGUGGCUCUGCUGGCGGCUGCGGCAAGCCCAGGCCUUGUGCUGGGGGGCAGCCAGGGGCCAGACUCCCCCCACUAAGCGCGGCUCGGUGGGGACAGAGGGCCCCCACCCACCCUCCUGCCCCUUCCUUCUGGCGCCGGGGCCCUUGGAGCCGGUGGGGAGCCGUCCUGUCUCCAGCCCCACCCCCGUUUCCAGCAGCAUUGGAGGCACGCCCACCCAUCCCCCGGCGGGCAAGCGUCCAUCUCCAUCUCCAUCCAUGGAACCUGCUCGGAUCAGGGAUCUAAUUGGCUCCCGGGCGGUGGGUGUUUCUCGGCGAAUGUGAAUCCGUGGUUCUGCUGGCUCGAGGCCCGGGCGCCAUGGAGGGUCCCAGAGGCAUGUUCCUGUGCAGCCCGCCCACAGGGCCCCGGGAGCCAUGCUGACCCGGACACAAGGAGUCUCUCCAGAAGCUUCCAGGCCCUGUGGUCCUGCCCAGCCUCCCAGGGUCUCGAGGGCACUGGAUGACAGACCAGUCAGUGCCUCUGCGUUAACGGGAGCCCCACUCUCCCUCCGCCCCAGCUGCUGGCGCUGCCCCCAAACCUUAGCAGAGGCACAUCAGCAGGGGAACGCGCACCGGGAGUGACACAAGAUGCGUCUGUCAUUUUGUCUCGAGGAGGGCAAUAAAAGGUGUUGCUAAGAAAA